AUGGUGGUAGCCACCGAGGACUCGGGUAUUGGGUCCGACGUCCAACUUCCCUUCGUCAACUCCAUCGUCAUCGCGUCCUUCACAACAAUCGCAUGGUACAACGUCCUCGAGCUCACUAUCCUUAUCCAAUCCUUCUUCAAGCGCCGCGCGGGUUUCUAUUACUGGUCCUUGCUCGUCGCCACGUAUGGCAUCUUUAUUCACUGUCUUGGCCAAUUCCUCAAGUUCUAUCACAUCAACGACGAUGGCUCUCAAGCAAGAGAUAUCGGAUACACCGUCAUCGCCUAUACAGGAUGGAUUGCCAUGGUCACCGGACAGUCUGUCGUGCUAUACUCGAGACUGCAUCUCGUGGUGCAGGCGCCCUGGGUGAAGUGGAUCCUCGUCUACAUUAUCGCUGACGGUGUCAUCCUGCACGGGACCACGGGUGUGCUCACAUUCCUUUCGAACUGCGCGCCCGACCCAGCGCCGUAUAUUCCUAUCUAUUCGGUCGUAGAAAAGAUACAGGUCACCAUGUUCUUCGUACAGGAAUGCUUUCUCUCUGGGAUAUACAUCUGGAAAACGUCGGUUAUGCUGCGCUCCGAAGGACCGCUAUUCAACGCGCAGGAGAACGCGAGAGGAACUAGGGGAAGGAAAGUCAUCAUACAUACGUUACUGAUGAGUAUCUUGAUUAUCGUGCUGGAUGCCACAACGCUGGGUCUCGAAUUCGCUGGAUUGUAUGACAUUCAAACCUCCUACAAAGGCGCCGUGUACUCUAUCAAGCUCAAGAUCGAAUUCACCAUCCUAAAUCAACUCAUGAACCUCGUCAAGGGCGCCCUCCGCGACACAAACACAUCCAUCUCGCACACGCACACGUCGAAAUCGCGACCUCGCCACAUGUCCCGCUCGGUGCGGGCUACGGACCUUGGACACUCUGCCGGCGCAUACAGCCGCAUGGAUGAAGAAGGAAACGGGGGUGGAGGCAUCAAAUUACAGACCUUGCGCGCUGGCGAGAUCAACAAGACGACCACUACUGAAGUCCGCAUCGACGAGCUAGAGGUCGAGAAGGAUGAGGUGUAUAGUCCGCAGGGACAAAAGGGUGAUAGCAGUAGUAGGGGGAGCAGUGAGGUAUAUAUCAUUGAGCGGCAAGGGAGGAAUGGGACCUAG